GAAAUAAUUUCGCCAGUGUCUCCAUUCCCACAAAAGGAAGACGGAGCGCGUGCGCCGAACCACUCGUUGCAGCCAUGGCCGCGUCCGAGCAGCCCCUGAAGAAGCGGAAGCUCUACGAGCCCCAACCAGAACCGCCCUCGACGCCGCCGCCCCCGCCCCACCAGCCGCCGCAGCCCCCGCCCCAAACCCUAGCUCACCCCGACCUCGCUCGGCCGCCUCCUGCUCCUCCUGCACCCCCGGGACCGCCGUCUCAGGAGGAAAUCAUCGUGAGGAGGAGGAACAGGGAAGAGGUCCGAGGCGUGUACGAGGCCUACAAGCGGAUUAGGUUUUGCAUUGGUCAGAAGGAGCCGCGCCUCGCGCCCGACUUGGAACAGGCUUAUCUGUCCAUCAUUACUGCUGCGCAAGGUUGUUCGAGUGUGCAACGGAUUGUGGUUGAUCUUAUUCCACGAUAUGCGUCAUACUGUCCAACUGCUCUUGAAGCCGCAGCAAAAGUCUUAGUCAACAUGUGCAAUUGGAACCUUACAAUUAUAACCAAGGGAGAGGAUGCUGAUGGAAUUGCAUUUCAGACUACUGAAGCCUGCAUUCUUGGUCUAGUUGAUGUUUGCCGCGCAGCUUCUUCAUCAGCAUCAACAUCAUCUGUUAUCCGAGGCAUAUGCACAGCCGUUUUCAACAAUGUGCUCAGCUUUUUCAUAUCCUCUUUUGGGGGAAGUAGUAUUAUCCAGAUCAUCGGUAAACAAAAUUUGAAGAUGCCAGAUUCCGAUGAAAUUUUUUCUGAGCUCAAGCUAACAUGUUUAGAAGGAGAUGAUUCUCCACUUAUUAGAUUGUCUAAGCUUCGUGCACUGAGUACUCUUCGGAUCUUCUUUGCUUGUACUAAGAACUUGCUCGAGGCAUGUUUUGAGCUCCUUAACUCCUCUAUAAUGGAAGGAACUCAAAAUGGAGGAUUUUAUUUCCUAAAUCAGGUAACGAGCAGGCUUGAUGCUGAUGAUGUGGCUUGCCUUAUGGAUAACUCAAGUGAUGAAGCUAAGUCAUGUACAGGUUCUGUUAGAACCAGCAGAGACACGAAUGAGGUUGUGAGUGCGGACCUACCAUUAGAUGGCGAAAGUUUUUCUAUGAAUGGAUCUUUAGUUCCAAAGAAUUGCUUGUUAGAACUGGCUAUCGCCAAGGAUUCAUCCUUGAGGAGUUGGAUUGUCAAGAUGUGCAAAAAAUUAAAAAGAUUGGCAUCUUCUAAAGCUAUGUCAGAAACAUUAUCUGCCUUUGAAGCCUGCUUAGAAUCUCUGAGCGAACUGGUCAACUUAGAAGAGAGUCUAGCAGAGAGUGAUGAAGAUGAUUCUGAUCCAUCCACAUCGUUUAAUGGACAUUAUUCGAGGCGCAGGUUUUCUAAUCAGUGUGAUAUCCCCAGCAAAUCAUCUUGGGAAGAUGACAAUGUAAGAUCUCAUAAUGGAUUGUGCGGUGAAGAUAUUACCAAUAAAUUCCCUAAUCGACGUUUAGAGCCUCAGGCUUGCGCAGUUCCUCUAGAGACGGAUCAUCAUUUUAAGAUUGGCGAUCGUGGUCGCUCAGGAUCCCAAUCCUUGGGCCUUGAGAUUGUAGAAAAUGGUGAAUUUUCGGGUAGUAUAUCUUCUUGCACACCCAGAGAUGUGCCCGAGCGCCACUUGCUUUCACCUGGUAGCAGAACCCCGUUAUACUUCAGGACUAAUUCAUUUAAAGGCAGGAAUGACUUCUCUAAUAUUGACUCUAAUCACGUCCCUAAAGCAGAGGCAGCCUCACCUCACAUGAGACCAUCUGCAGGAAGUGCACCAAAUAGGUUGACAUCCCCUAAAGGUAAUUAUGCAGCACCAAGUGCCUUUCCGAGUCAAAUAGUUUGGUUCUCAGAUGGUGAACCGGCAGCUAUGGAUGUAUACUCUGCUUCUAAGCAGCUGUGGGUGGGUGCUUUGGGUCCUGAUGUAUCUGAAGCUCACGUGAGAUUUGAGGCAGAUAAAUUUGGUCCUGUCGAACAUUUAUUUUUCUAUCCUAGAAAACGGUUUGCACUGGUUGAGUACAGAAAUAUCAUGGAUUCUAUUAGGGCUCGGAAUCAUAUGCGAAGACAUCUUCCAUGGUGCAUUAAAUUUUUGGAUAUAGGACUAGGAACUCGUGGAUCUGUAAAUGGUGUAGCAGUUGGUUAUAGCAAUUUUGUUUAUAUUGGGAAUGUUUUGGGCCCGUGGAUGAAGGACGAGUUAUUGAAUGAAUCAAGGAAAGCACUUUACAAAGGCCCUUAUACAGUUACAGAUUUAGGCAAUGAAGGUGCGAUGCUACUGGAGUUUGAAACUCCCGAGGAAGCUUCUGCUGUGAUGACUCAUCUAAGACAGUAUCGAAUGGAAAUGAUCAAAUGCCUGCCACCCGGCCCAAGUAAUUUUAGGAUAUCUCCCGUGGAUACUCCUGGAUCUUCGAGAAGCAAUAACUAUGCAAGCUUUUCUAACAAUAACGGUGGCUCACCUCAGUCUCAGACAGUGCCUCAGAGCCCUGCUGGCAGCUCUAUGAUGUCUCGGCUACUUUCUCUACUCUCUUCAUUGCGUUCGAAAUAUAAUGUAGGAAACUGGCAAUCUGCAACCUUGAGAGGAGAAAAUAAAAUGCCAUCAAGCACUCUUUGGAUACAGCAUCCUCCGAAUGCCAACUCCUACAUUGUGGAUGAUGAAAUAUUGGCCAUUUGCAAACUUGCUAUUGGCAAUGUAGGCUCCAUCAUUCAGGUAACCCGCAAUAAUACGCAUGUGGGAUGUGGCUGGGUGGUUGAGUGCAGCAGCGUUGAUGCUGCUAUUUCUGUUUUGAGAAAUCUUCAGGCCUGUCCUCAGAUGUUCCUUCAGAUUGAAUUCAGUCAAUUGGAAAAGCAACAAGUCCCUCCUGUCUCAUUAAAUCCAGAGAGUAGUUCAAUGGGUUUAGUCUCCCCAAGGUUGAGACCUGAAAACAAUGGAACCGCUGUACAAGCUGCGCGCUGGGAUGCUUCUGGUGGUGCUGAGCAGAACACGGUGGUCGAUUCUUCACAGUGUGGUCCACCUUUGGUUUCUUGUACUAAUGAAGGAGCAUGGAUGUACAACAAGCCUGAAGCAGAACAGCAGUCAGCUCCUGGGAGUAUAUCAUGCAUGCCAAUCACAGUGCAAGGACCUGUUCUUCCGCCUCAGCAAAUUCCGGCAUCUCCAUACAUGAGACCCAUGUAUUUUGCCCCGCCCAAUCCAUGGGAUGUACGAGGUUCUAGUCACCACAUGCCUUUGAAUCCAAUAACAGGGUCAGUGCAAAGUAAUUUUCAAACCAACGCUGUUGCUGCCCCUUAUCUUCCUCCUUCUGUGACCCCUCUGGCGCAGAUACAGGGAAACUUGGGUAGGAAUGACCAAACUUUUAUCCCUCCUGUGCCUUUGACAUCCCAGCCACCUCAGCCUGAUAUGCCACCUCCGUUACCUCCAUCUCCCCCUCCUUUACCUCAAUCGCAACCACCUUCAGCCCCCCCUCCACCAAAUUCUCCUCCCCCUCCUCCGCCUCCUCCCCCUGUUGGAGAAUCCUCCAAUGAGAAAAGGUCAGGACAUGAUCCUCAGUACAAGUGGCUGGGAAAAUUAUCUAAAAGUGGGGUUCAUUACUGCACAAUUCAUGCAUUCAGAGUGGAUUCAAAUACGUGCAAAUAUUCAAAUGGCCUCUCUGAACCUACUGAGUGGCCUGUCAAACUAGAUAUGACAAAACGUACUGAUUUUCGGCAUGUAAGGACGACAUUUACCAGUACUCCGCCACAUAGGAGAGAAGUGUGCCAGCUGAUUCCGUCUUCUGCAGCUGACCAUAAAGGCUUUCAGGAUUUUAUAUCAUACUUGAAGCAGAGGGACUGUGCCGGAGUUAUUAAAAUUCCUGCCGUAAAUUCUAUAUGGGCAAGGCUCCUGUUUAUUCUUCCUUAUUCACAGGACAUUUGUUCUCUGCUCUCAAUCGCUCCUAAUCCGGUCGACUGCCUUCUUGUGUUGGUUUUGCCGAAAGAAACGAACUUUGAGUGGGUGUGAUCUUAUUAAGUUAUUGGCAGUUUGAGAGCAUGUACAUUAAUGCCUUGCAGAUGGUUGCUUCACAUUUUUGUGUGACUUGUAAUGAGGAAAGGCGCUACCCAGAAAAGUAAAUUCUGUUGGAUUGGCAAUCGUCUGUGCCAUUGUGAAUGAGGGAUAAGAUCCGGCUCCAAUGAUGCUCGACAGCAUGUGGGGGGAAUUAGUUUAACCAGUUCUGUGUACAUUGUACCUUGUACAGCAACCAUCAUGAAAAAAAUUUUGCUUCCUGGUAUCAGCAGGUACUCCUGGAACUUAAAGAUUGCUUGCUGUUUAAGUUUAUGGGGAGCUUUCAGGUCCUCAGGAUCUGAUGGCACACUUUUGAACUUUUCUAGUUGAUUAAAGUAAAAUAUACUUGAGGCUUGCAAACUGUCUAGCAUUACUGUGGCUGGAGGUAAGAGUUAAUGUUUGACUUAAUGGGGCAAUAUUUGCAAUCUGCUUUUACGUGAAGAACCAUCUGCUUUCUUUUGAAAUAGAAGUUUUGAAUCUUCCUUUAAGACUUAGAUAUAUAUGGCUUCUUAUCUAGCUACCGGGCUGAUAGUUGCCCUUUGAGGUUUGCUUUGUGAUAUCCCAUGUGGAUCCUCUGACUAAGAAGGAUUAGUGCCCACUGACAAUUGGCAGAAGAGAUUUAGUAUUGUGGCCGUGUCGUGCAGCAGAGACUAUCGAUGACCACCAAUCUUUUUGUGCUAUAUACCACAUGUUUUAACAGUCUGGUACAUGCACAUAGUAAUUUAGUGGACUUCGUUGGCUCUUUUCUUCCUGAGUACAUUGUUUUUUUCUUAGGCAACAUGAUUUUGAUGGAUGAACAGAUUUUUGUUGAUGCGUGUUUGCAUUUUGAUUUUAACACUGUGAUAUGAGUUGAUUUACAUUAUUCUUGAGGAACUGUUGCAAAGAAAAAUUGGAUCUUUCCCUUGAGGAAUAGGAAAAUAGAAGGAAGCGAUGGUAUACCCAGCAUGAAUGGAUUUUAAGGUCAUAAGAUGGGUUCUUCUUGUCUACCUACCUCCGAGGAUUAUGGUUCCCUCUUACGUGGAAUGACUUCUUGUGUCAGGUUUCCUUAACAAAGAAAUAGAAGUGUUUCAGAUUCUAUGUCCUUGUAGUUACAUUGUAUUUCCUUCCUUCUGUACUCACUUGUAAAUGUUGUGAAGAUUGAGAACUGAAAAGGCCCUGGUACAGCAGUCUCUAUUGUGGCCCGGCAUGUUUGGGAGAAUGGAAGGCUGCCCACAGUCGAAGAAGAAAGUCUUUAACUGAUCCUUCCCUGUUCUUUUGACCUGGCGAAAUCACUAUCGCAUUCAUUCUGGCUGCAAGAUGUUUUGCUCGUGUGACGCGGAUGGAAAAGAGAAGUUCUAAUGGAGGGAGUUGUUUGUACUUUUAUCUAGAUCAAGUUCAAGUUCUUAUAGAAGGUGUCUCAGACUAGAUCUUUUCUCGAUUUAGUAUUAUGUCUGUAUUGCCAUUGUUCAUAUCUUUAGCAUGGAAAUCAAUCUGACCCUUUCUUUUUCUGUUAAGUUGGAGACCGUGCUCGAUGGAUGAGAACAUGCGAGUCGAUGAAGCAGAAACGCUUUCACUCGCCCCCUCUCUGUAAAUCUACGAACUCGUGUCGUCACUUGCUUGUCCUAGAAGUUGUGGGAUGCUGAAUCGGUAAGUGGGGUAUGCCUAUAAUUCCUUAUGCGGUUCUGUCACAGUUUGUAUCGCCGUUCAAUUUAUGGCUUAAGCUAGCGGUCAGAAAAUUCUUAUGCGUAUCAGGCAAUUAAUCCAUGACAAUUGCUAUAUUCAAAGGCGUUGCGUUCGAUCUC